GUGGGUUCUCAACGGUGUUUCUGGUGCGUACCCCCAGCGGGACCCGCUGCGCACUGAAACGAAUGUGCGUGAAUAACGUGCCAGACCUCAACAUCUGCAAGAGAGAAAUCACCAUUAUGAAAGAGUUGUCUGGGCACAAGAACAUUGUGAGCUAUUUGGACUGUGCUGUCAACUCCAUAAGUGAUAAUGUUUGGGAGGUGCUUAUCCUCAUGGAGUACUGUCGAGCUGGGCAGGUUGUGAACCAGAUGAACCAGCGUCUGCAGACAGGCUUCACCGAGGCAGAAAUAAUGAGAAUAUUCUGUGACACCUGUGAAGCUAUUGCACGGUUGCAUCAAUGCAAAACACCUAUAGUYCAYCGGGAUCUGAAGGUGGAGAAUCUGUUGUUAAAUGAUAAUGGGAACUAUGUUCUCUGUGAUUUUGGCAGUGCCACUAACAAAUACCUGAACCCUCAAAAAGAUGGUGUUAACAUGGUUGAAGAAGAAAUUAAAAAGUACACAACGCUGUCGUACAGAGCUCCUGAGAUGAUCAAUCUGUAUGGAGGAAAGCCAAUUACUACCAAGGCAGAUAUAUGGGCACUGGGCUGCUUGCUGUACAAACUGUGCUUCUUCUCCCUUCCCUUUGGAGAAAGUCAAGUAGCCAUUUGUGAUGGAAGCUUCACCAUCCCGGACAGCUCGCGCUACUCSCACAGCGUUCACUGCUUGAUCAGAUAUAUGCUUGAACCAGAUCAAGAGCAGAGACCUGAUAUCUUUCAAGUAUCUUACUUUGCCUUUAAAAUUGCCAAAAAGGAUUGUCCAGUGUCUAAUAUUAAUAAUUCUCCUGUCCCUUCAACUCUUCCUGAACCCAUGACAGCUAGUGAGGCRGCUGCUAGAAAAAGCCAAAUAAAAGCAAGGAUAACAGAUGCUGUUGGACCAACAGAAACCUCAAUUGCACCACGACAAAGACCAAAGGCCAAUUCAAGCACUGCCCCUUCCAGUGUGCUGGCAAUCCAGAGCUCAGCAACUCCUGUCAAAGUACAAGUUCCUGGGGAAUUUGGUAAUCGUGGGCAAAAAGGAACCACGCGGCCGGGGAGCGGCCAAGAUGUGUCCCAGGCCCARGGGAGCAYCCCACAGCAGCACAGGGUCCUGCAGCAGCUGCAGCAGGGAGACUGGAGACUGCAGCAGCUGCACCACUUGCAGCAGCAGCAGCAGCAGCAGCAGCAGCAGCCCGCCGUGCAGGACACCUACAUCCAGCAGUAUCACCAAGCAGUGCACCAGCAGAUGGUCCAGCAGCAGCUGUUGCUGCAGUCUGUGUACCAGCAGCAGCCUGCCCACUCCCAGUAUCCUGCCAUGGUGCAGCAGUACCAGCAGGCUCUCCUGCAGCAGCAGAUGCUGGCUCAGCAGCGGGCACAGCACGUGCAGUCCCCUGAAUAUAUCACUUCUCCWCAAGACUUUGCACCAGCCUUAAUCUCCUACCCCCGGUCGCUCUCAGUGCAUGGUGGAACAGUGGCAGAUCCUCCCUACCCUACAAACAGGUCAGGUAUUGCUGAUGCUGAAGCGAUUGCCAAUUACCCCAAGCAGAAUAUCAGUAACCCACCCGACAUGUCAGGUUGGAACCCGUUUGGAGAGGACAAUUUUUCCAAGCUGACAGAGGAGGAGCUGCUGGACAGAGAGUUUGACCUGCUCAGAUCAAACAGGCUGGUGGACAGGAGAGCAUCUUCAGAUAAGAAUGUGGAGCCACAUGCUGCUCCACAGACAAGUCCUCCUGAAGAUCCCUUUGGUUCUGUUCCUUUCAUUUCUCAGCAAGGUUCCCCAGGAAAACAAGUGGAUAACUCAGCCAGCAAUCAAGGAAAUAACUUAGGGACCCCAGCAAAGGCUGGAAAACUGAGCCAUGCAUUUAGAGAUCCCCGGCCAGGGAAGAAAAGUGCAGAGGGACAAGUGACAAAAGGUGGUGAGGAGUCAGAGAGUGAUUUUGAAUCUGAUCCUCCUUCUCCCAAGAGCAGUGAGGAAGAAGAAGAGCAGGAGGAUGAAGAAGUCUUACAUGGAGAGAAUGGAGAUUUCAAUGAUGACAAUGAUACAGAACCGGAGAAUUCAGGUCACCGACCUCUUCUUAUGGAUUCUGAGGAAGAGGUGGAGGAAGAGGAAGAAGAGAAGCAGAGCUCUGACUCUGAUUGUGACCGUACCAAGCAAAAAUGUGUUGAAGGGCUCCUGGGCACUCGGUUCAGAGAUGGUGUGAGCAGCAGUGAAAUCAAAGAGCCCAGUUCGGUGCCUGUGUCCCCGCCUGAGGUGCCAAGCACUGUGAUCAACCCUGGCCAAGAAUUUGAUGUGUUUGGGGCUGUGCCCUUUUUCACUCUGCAACCUCAGGCAAGAGAGAAGGUGGACAAAGAUGCUUCUUCUCAGAUGGCUUUUCCCAGCCUAAGCCAAGAGCAGGAUGACUUUGAUGUUUUCACAAAAGCUCCCUUCAGCAAAAAGGUGCCCCAGCARGAUGGGCAGGGGUCGGGGAUGGAGCCUCUGCUCUCCCCCACCUCUCCACACAGCGUGGAUAUCUUUGGCUGCACCCCRUUUCAGCCGUCUGCAGGGAGCAGAGAGGACCUGUUUGGGCUGGUUCCAUUUGAGGAGAUCACCGAGAGCCAGCAGCAGCAGCAGCAGAAGGUGAAGCAGCAGCGGAACCUGCAGAAACUGUCAUCCCGCCAGAGGCGCCUGAAGCAGGAGGUGUCCAAGAACAACGGCAAGCGGCACCACGGCACCCCCAGCAGCACCAAGAAGGGGCUGAAGCCCAACUACCGCACCCCGGAGCGCGCCCGCCGGCACCGCAAGGCCGGCCGCAGGGACUCGCAGAGCAGCAACGAGUUCCUGACCAUCUCCGACUCCAAGGAGAACAUCAGCGUGGCCCUGAGCGACAGCAAGGAUCGAGCCAACCCUCUGCAGCCGGACGAGGCUCUGCUGGAUCCUUUCGGAGCCAAACCCUUCCAGCCGCCGGAGCUGAUGCGCCACAGCCAGCACCAGGGCUUUGGGGACAGCCGCGGGGACCACGGGGCCGUCGUCGUGGCCGGCAGGCCCAGGCAGAGCUCCUUGCACGGGGCCGUUCACGGUGGGGACGGGCUGAAAACAGAUGACUUUGGUGCAGUGCCCUUCACRGAGCUGGUGGUGCAGAGCACACAGAGCCAAUCACAGCAGGCUCUGGAGUUAGAUCCCUUUGGAGCAGCUCCGUUUCCUUCCAAACAGUAAAGGCUUCCCAUGGGUUCCUCCCACUCCGCCUCUCCAAGUCCCUUAAUAAAGGUUUCAUGGAGUCAUUCAUGUGGUUGAAAUGCCAGGGGCCUGAGUUGCACAGCUUGUUCAGGUUGAGGAGGCAAUGGCCUGCUUGCACGAUGGAAUUGCAAUUGAUAAUUCUGAUWGGGGUCUUUUUGAGGGAAAGAGAUACAAAUCAGGAGCGUCAUUUUCUUAUGGCAGAUGGCUCCUCAAAUGAAACGAGGCAUUGGAUAUGAAUCACUGACCUGGGGCCCUGGGACAUACUGUUGUUCUGCACUUUGGUGUUGCCUUUCCAUCCCCUGCCAUGUGCCCAGGUGGAGAGGAAGAGGCAAGGAGCACAUGGAAAACGUUUUCCUUAUUUACAGGGGGCUAAUGAAUGGCGGUGCUUCUUCAUGUCUCAGCAGACCUAAGAGCCAAGACAUACUAAUAUCCAGAUUAUGUGCUGGAAGUAGUCAAGUCUUUGCUUCCUAGGUGAAAACUACCUUUCUUAAUCAUAMAAAUAAAGCAGCCACUUCCUCAAGAGGCUGUGGCCCAGAAUUCCAGAGCAUAGCUAUGGCUUGGGACCUGGCAGACAUCUAUGCAGCUGCAGAGAUGGAAGGCAGCUUAUUUUUUUUGUGUGCCUAAGUGGUCAAUUUUUAAUUAUUUUUUUAAUAGUAAGUGCCAUUAAUGUAAAAUAGCAAACUGGAAAUGUAGAGUCAAAACUAAAGAUGCAGAUACUUUACUGAGCUGUGAGAAGCCUGAAUGUAGGGGAGUGAGCCAAGAGGGACGCGCCGGAAUUUGCAGCACUUGGGAGAGUCCUCAGCACAUCGGAAGAGGAGCUGUCCUUGGGCACAUAUGGGGUGUUUCAGGUGACUUCAAGAGUUGACUGUGAGGUGCAGCCAUUGGAUUGAUUUGAUUACAAAUUGGGACUUGAGUCUGUUUGCCUCUUGRAUUUUUAUUGCAAAGAAAAUGUGUAUUCUCUCAAACCCGUUCUAUAUUUUUUACAMGUGUUUUAUGAAAUGACUUUAACCUAAUGCUCUUCUAAGUUYUGCUAAAUGCACUGAGCUUUGGAGACGCUUCCCUGCUCUGGCUGUGUUCCAGCAGGAGCUGGUGGCUGCUGGACCAGCGAGCUACAUUUCACCCCCAGAGCCUUACAGGACCUCAGGGGCGUGCGGGGCAGCGGCCUCAGCUGAUGGGAGGAGGUGUGAGCACUGCUGAGCAGGGUUUGGUUCCUGGGCUGGAAGCUGCUGUGUGUGCAGACAGGACAGCUCUGCUGCCUCACAGCUCGUCCUGAGCCAGGACACGGUCUGCAGAGG